CCGGGUAGGGCGCGGGGUUGAUUGAGGAAUGCGAAAAGCAGAUCGGAAAAAAUUGGGAAGAAAAUGAAAAUUCAAAAUCAGGAAAAAUGGCCCACGUCACCUCUGUCUCAACUCGGCACCUUGACUCAGUACUCGACUCACCCUUCUCCUUCUUUCCACCGCUUCCAUCAUCCAUCAACCCAACCCAUCCCAGCACUUACCGCCCCGCUUUCUCUCAACUCCUUUUCUCUGCAAACCCUUUCUCUCUCUUUCGUAACCAUUCUCGUCUUCUGGCGCUCCUUCCCACCCGUCGUCUUCUUCCUCUCCCUUCUACGUGCUCAAGCCGCCUGGCGAGCACUUUCGGCUCUCCAGCAUUCGCACGCACUGUAUCACGACCUCCAUCUGCUUUCACUUCCUCCAUUGUAUAGGUGUUCCUUUGAGUGCGCUGUGAAUGCAUUUAUUUGGUUUCCAAUGGCCGCGUUCAAUCCACCCCCACCGCUCUCGGGAUUUCAGGGUUUGAGUUGAUCGUAAAGUUCUGUUCUGUUGCGUAAUUUUGCUGGGGUGCGGUUGAUUUUGGAUUGAUAUCAGCUUGAAUGGCUAUAGAAAAGAAUUGCUUCAAGUCAUCUAGAUUGGACUCGGAGCUUUCUUCACACAGUAAGGAAGUAGUGAUGUCUAGUGACGAGGAGAUGCUGAGAUACAAUACGAAUUCUGGUGGAGUUGAAACUGAGGAUGACGAUGAUGAUGAGGAGUUUGAUGAUUGUGAUUCAGGGGCCGGAUCAGAUGACUUUGAUUUGCUGGAAUUGGGAGAGUCUGGGGAGGAAUUCUGUCAAGUUGGGGAUCAAACAUGUAGCAUUCCUUUUGAACUGUAUGAUCUCCAAGGAUUGGAUAAUAUCUUGUCUAUGGAUGUCUGGAAUGAUGUCUUGAAUGAGGAAGAAAGAUUUGCUCUCACACAGUACCUUCCCGACAUGGACCAAGAAACUUUCAUGAGGACAUUGAUAGAGCUUCUGACAGGAUGCAACUUGCAUUUCGGAAGCCCUCUUAAAACUCUCUUCAACAUGUUGAAGGGAGGGUUGUGUGAACCCAGAGUGGCGCUUUAUCGACAAGGGUUGAUAUUCUUUCAAAAGCAUCAGCACUAUCACACCCUCAGGAAGUAUCAGAAUGUGAUGGUCAAUAAUUUCUGUCAGAUUAGAGAUGGAUGGCAAAACUGCAGGGGAUAUAGCAUCGAGGAGAAGCUUCGUGUUUUGAACAUCAUGAAGACACAGAAUAGUUACAUUUCUGAGAAGAUGGAAGAGAUGGAGGAGAGUGAUGAAUCUGAGAGAGAGGGAUCCGGUGAUGCUUCUUUUUGGAGUAGGAGAGUGAAAGAUCGAGCACAUGGACAAAGAUCAUCAAUGGAGUUCCAAUAUCCUCAUGGAAAGCAAAUGUCUGUAGAAACUGCAAAGUUUGGAAAGCAAAGUUCUAAAGGAGCGUUGAAGUUAACUGGGGGGACAAGAGGUUCUACUAUCAACGAGUUUUCUGGAAGCUUCCCGUCCGUUCAUCAUGAGAUGGACAUUGAACCUGGGUCAUAUGGAGCACUACCUCUUUCUCAUCACAUGCGAGAUCGGUUAUUGGGUGAUGAUGAUGAAGGAAUGUAUGAAGUGGCUGUUCAGAGAAAUAAGAACUUUUCUCGAGCUGGGCUGAAAGAUAAAGUCAAGAUGGUAAAGAAACGUGAAGCAUUGAGAGGUGAAGAAGAGUACUUUGAUAGUUUGACUGGAAGUCGAAUGCCGCACAUGAGAAAAGAUUUUUAUGGCCCUGGCAGGAAAAAGACUGUGAAUCACUUCUUUGAUAGCAACAUGUCCAGCAAAACCUCAAAUGCUAGAGGAGGAGCUGUUUUAGAUCUGGAGAAUAAGUCUAACUAUGUUGAGAAUCUCCAGAAAUAUCCAUUUGAGGACAAUAUGAUUUAUGGGAAAGGCCGGAUUCCAAAUCCAUCUUUGAGAGGAAGUCAAGCGGAAUUAGCUGAUGAAUGUGAGCCAAUUUGGCCUGGGAAUGGACAACAGAACCCUAAUUAUUUAUGCAACCAAGCUCAUCAGAAAUAUGGUGAUUGGAAUUCUGAAAGAAAAAAGUAUAAGAAGCAUCAAGAGCCUUCUGACUUCCCUUCAGCAUAUAAUAAUACAGCACAGCAGCCAUUUCAAGAGACGUUUAGGGCAUCUUUACCCAUUGAUCAACGAGGUUUGGCUGGGUCCAACAAAGGAAGAAGGGCAAUUCUAAAAAAUGAAGAUACUGAAUCUGAUUCCUCAGAAGGAAUCAAUGAAGAAGAUGAAGAUGAUUUUAACAAUCCUGUGCUAAGGAGCAAGUUGGCAUUUCCUUGUGAUAUGAAAUCUGGGUCAGAAACUAAGAAGGAUAAGUUUGUUAAGAAAAACAAGAAGGGUGGUUUUCGGUCAUCUGAUUUUGAUGAAGCUAUAUUAAGCACACCAAAAGAAGGGAUGGAUCUUGUUGUCUCUAGGAGGACAGUGAAGAAGGGUAAGAUGGCUGUUGAUUAUGGGCAUGUGAAUAUUUUAUCUGCUAAAGAGUUGGAUGAGAACUACUUAAGGGGUCAUGCUCGUCAUUACAUUGGUGAUAAUGAUGAGGAUGAUGAGGACCAACCCAUCUACAAGUUAGUGGCAAAGAAUGGACGUAUUAAAGGGGCAUCAUUGAAAGGUGAUUUUGGGGGUCCCCAGUCAAAUGGUAUGCUUGAAAUGUACGGUGUUGAUCUUCAAGAAAGAUCUGAGUUAAAGUUAAUAGGGUGCAGUUCUACAAUGAAGAAACGGAAAAUCAAAGAAGGCGUCUCAUUUAUUGAUGAGCAAGCUGUUGAUAAUAAUGAUUAUAACAAUGCACAAGCAGAGGACAUGAACUCCUCGAAGAAGCAGCGGGGAAAGAGAAAAUUGGAGAGUGAUUCAGAAAAAGGUAUCAUCUUUGAGCCGCUGCCACUGCCAUUGGACAUCAUUAUUAAAGAGGAAGACAAUGCUGUUUAUCAUCAUCCAGAAGUCAUACCACUGCAGAAAAAACCAUUCACAUUGAUCACACCAACUGUCCAUACUGGCUUUUCCUUCUCCAUCAUCCAUCUUCUCUCAGCAAUUCGGAUGGCUAUGAUCACAUCCCUGCUCUUAGAAGAUUCUCUCGAUGUUGUUGGCAAGAAUGAUGACCAACAAGCGGAGUUAGAUGCCAAUAAAAGCUCCCUUUCUCCUACUCAUGAAACGAGGGCUGCCCCGUCACUAGCGAUUCAAGAAAUCGUCAACCGAGUAAGAUCCAAACCCGGAGACCCCUCCAUUCUCGAAACCCAAGAACCUCUCCAGGAUCUUGUUAGAGGGGUCCUCAAAAUAUUAUCAUCCAAAACAGCACCUUUAGGGGCAAAGGGGUGGAAGCCGCUUGUUGUUUAUGAGAAACCGUCAAAGAGUUGGUCUUGGGUGGGUCCCAUGAUUCAUCAAGAGGCCUCAAUGGAGGAGGAAGUCACAUCUCCAGAAGCUUGGGGUAUUAACCAUAAAAUGCUUGUGAAAUUAGUCGACUCGUUCGCCAACUGGCUGAAAAAUGGUCAGGAGACUCUCCAACAGAUUGGGAGUCUACCCGCCCCUCCUUCCUCAUUGGCCCAAUAUAAUCUAGACGAGAAAGAGCGGUUUAGGGAUUUGAGGGCACAAAAGAGUCUCAGCACCAUUACCCCAAGCUUAGAAGAUGUACGGGCUUAUUUCCGGAAGGAAGAAGUCCUUAGGUAUUCUAUCCCAGACAGGGCCUUCUCUUACACAGCACUCGAUGGGAAAAAGUCGAUCGUGGCCCCGUUGAGAAGGUGUGGGGGGAAACCAACAUCGAAAGCCCGGGACCACUUCAUGCUCAAAAGGGACAGACCCCCACAUGUGACAAUUCUGUGUCUGGUGCGGGAUGCAGCUGCCCGGUUGCCCGGGAGUAUCGGGACGAGGGCUGAUGUCUGUACCCUGAUAAGGGAUUCACAGUACAUUGUUGAGGAGGUAUCGGAUACACAGGUGAAUCAGGUGGUCAGUGGUGCUUUGGACCGUUUGCAUUACGAGCGGGACCCAUGUGUGCAGUUCGAUACAGAAAGGAAGUUGUGGGUGUACUUGCACCGAGAUAGGGAGGAAGAGGAUUUCGAGGAUGAUGGGACUUCAUCCACAAAGAAGUGGAAAAGGCAAAAGAAAGAAGAUGUUAUUGACCAAGGAGAGGCUCCUGCUGCUUCGAUCACCGUUGCUCCUUAUAAUGAUGAUGAUGAUGCCCAGGAUGCUCUUCACGGUGAGGAGGGCGGCAGCAACAACGUUAUCCACCAAGAAGCGGUGGCUCCUCCAGAUUUUCCAGGAUCAAAUAGUUUGAUGUGUCAGGAGAAUUCCGCGAUUGACAAUUUUGAUGACUAUGAUGAUGAAACAUAGAGAACCAACAUUGCCUGAAAUGAGAUUUUCAGGCUAUGUAAUGGAUGACACACUAUCAGCAUAUUAUCGUAGAGGUUGAUUGACUGCUACAGGAGAACUUAUUUUGCUACGCCUUUUGCACGUAAAGAAAUUAUGUAUAUUAGUGAUGCAUGCAAAUGUGCAAACUACAGUAGCACUCUGAAUAUAUUAUCAUCUUGGAGGGUGAUAUAGUUACUACAGUAAUAAAAUACGUAGUAGUUUUUCCCUUCAUACCAUUUGCCACUUUUUCACAAUGAACUCCAAUGAUUAGGCAACAUCCUUUGGUUUCUCCAUUGUAAGAAAGUUCGCUUCAUACUACCGAGCAUGUAUUAAAAAUGUAUUCAUGAAAAGAAUGGUUCAUAAUUGUGGUGGUUGCACUUAACGUUUAUC